UUGAUAUCAUCAUAAAACAUCUAUAAAUCGCCUGUUUUAUUUAAAAAAUUUUAUUUAGUGGCGGCCAGCUUUUCUGUGGGCCCACUAAAUAAAAAAAAUAACCGCCUAGUGAAGUAUAUAGGAAACAAACUGCAUGCCGCACCACCUUAUCCAUGUGCCGGUGAUUCUCGUCCACAACAUCCGAUCCGCCUGUUGUGCCAAAAAAAACAAAUGAAUUGGAGAAGCCAUCGCCUCACCUCCGCCCCUUCCGCUCGCCCCCCCUCUAGAUCCUCCACACGCUCGUCGCAGCUCGUCGGCUGCGCCUGCUCAUCCGCAGAUGAAUCAGAGAACCGCGCUGCUCACCACCUCGCUCGCCGUGCUCGUUGGCUGCGCCUGCUCGUCCACACUCCUCCCCGCCCAACACGGCUGCAGCACAGGCGGCGCAGCCGCGCCCGCUUGACGGCGGCGGCGCUGCUGACCGCGAGGGCGGGGGCGUGCCGCACGGGCGUCCUCGCUCGCGCACCUACUACUGCCCGCGGUAGAGCCCACUGGAGUGCUAGGCGCACGGAGCUGCACUUCGAACGCCCGCGCCCAGCACCGCCGUGCGGCGACAGGAAGAAUGGGAAGGGCGCCAGCGGGAAGACCAACCUGCGCCCCGACCGAAAGCAGUUCAAAAGGCACCGCAAGGAGGCAAGGACGACGCAGCCGCUGAGCAGGGGGAUGGCGAUGGAGAGCGGCAGCAAUCGACAGCGUCGGGCUCUACUGUGCUCCUCGCCGCAGCUUCUGAUGAAGCUGACUUCCCGAGAGGGGGACGCAGCCUCCUGAGCAAGGAUGAGAUGGCGGAGGCUUGCGCGGAGGCGGAGCAGGAUUUCGAGAGGGAGAGGAAGAAGGUUUGGCUGGUCAAAGACGAGCGCGGGGGCUAGCUACCGGCGCCGUUUGCGAGAGCAGGAGGUGGCCUCGGGAGUGGAGUGCGAGCACGUUGAAAAGGAACUUUGGAGUGGUGUUGACGUCCCUGUAUUGACUUUUUAGGGGUAGAGAUUCAUAUCGUCUCAACAGAGCAUCUCAAUCAGCUCUCGGUCUCGGUCAAAGCUUAAGGCACAUCCUAUCGUGGUAUCUUCUCAUUUACUCGUAACUCAAAAGUUCAAUCAUAUAAAGGCCUUGUUUAGUUCACCCUGAAAACCAAAAAAAUUUCAAGAUUUUCCAUCA